CACCUGCCAAAUUGGAUGUGACACUUUGUGUCAGAUGCAGGGGGUCUUUGUGGCCUUCUUCCAUGGGAGCUGAACAGCAAGCACCCCAAGUGUUACCUUCCAGAACGCAGCCUUGACCCAGGGUGAUGGCGACUCCUGUGAACGGGGCUGCCCACGAUGCCACGCUGUGGUCCUCCCACGAGCGCAUGCUGAAGCAGCCCCUCCAAGACAGUGACGCUGAGAUUUACGACAUCAUCAAGAAGGAGAGCCAGCGGCAGAGGCUCGGCCUGGAGCUUAUUGCCUCGGAGAAUUUCGCCAGCCGGGCAGUUCUGGAAGCUCUAGGCUCCUGCCUGAAUAACAAGUACUCGGAGGGGUACCCGGGCCAGAGGUAUUAUGGCGGCACUGAGUACAUUGAUGAGCUCGAGCUGCUGUGUCAGAAACGGGCACUGCAGGCCUAUAGCCUGGACCCCCAGAGCUGGGGGGUCAACGUCCAGCCCUACUCAGGCUCCCCUGCCAACUUUGCUGUGUACACCGCCCUAGUGGAGCCCCACGGGCGCAUCAUGGGACUAGACCUGCCAGACGGGGGCCACCUGACCCACGGGUUCAUGACAGACAAGAAGAAGAUCUCGGCUACAUCCAUCUUUUUUGAAUCUAUGGCCUAUAAGGUGCACCCAGACACUGGGUACAUCAACUAUGACCAGCUGGAAGAGAAUGCCCGCCUCUUCCACCCCAAGCUCAUCAUUGCAGGCACCAGCUGCUACUCCAGGAACCUGGACUACCAGCGCCUGCGCAAGAUCGCGGAUGAGAACGGGGCCUACCUCAUGGCGGACAUGGCGCACAUCAGCGGGCUGGUGGCAGCCGGCGUCGUCCCCUCCCCGUUCGAGCACUGCCAUGUGGUGACCACCACUACCCACAAGACGCUGCGAGGCUGCCGCGCCGGCCUCAUCUUCUACAGAAAAGGAGUGCGCAGUGUAGACCCCAAGACUGGCAAAGAGGUGCUGUACAACCUGGAGUCACUCAUCAACUCUGCCGUGUUCCCAGGCCUGCAGGGCGGGCCCCACAACCACGCCAUUGCCGGGGUGGCUGUGGCCUUGAAACAAGCCAUGACUCCGGAGUUCAAGCUGUACCAGCGCCAGGUGGUGGCCAACUGCAGGGCUCUUGCGAAGGCCCUUGUGGAGCUGGGCUACAACAUAGUGACAGGGGGUUCUGACAACCAUCUGAUCCUUGUGGACCUCCGCUCCAAAGGCACAGAUGGUGGGAGGGCAGAGAAGGUGCUAGAAGCCUGUUCUAUUGCCUGCAACAAGAACACCUGCCCAGGAGAUAAAAGUGCACUGCGGCCCAGUGGCCUGAGACUGGGGACCCCAGCAUUGACAUCUCGAGGCCUUUUGGAAAAAGACUUCCAGAAAGUCGCACACUUCAUUCACAGAGGCAUUGAGCUGACCGUGCAGAUCCAGGAUGCUGUGGGCCUGAAGGCCACCCUGAAGGAGUUCAAGGAGAAGCUGGCUGGGGAUGAGAAGCACCAGAGGGCGGUGCGGGCGCUGCGGGAGGAAGUCGAGAGCUUUGCAUCCCUCUUCCCUCUGCCUGGCGUGCCUGGCUUCUGAAGGGGCCGGCCUGCUCCCCACCUGGCAGUGCUACGGAUGGAGGACCCACGUGUGUAGCCUCUGUGUUCUCAGGGAUGGGGGAGGAGUUGCCAUGGACUUGCAUCAGGUCCCUGAUUGGUCAUCAAGAGAUCUGACAGGAACAUCCUGUGCUGAACACUGUCUCGUACUCACUAGAAAAAAAAGCCAACAUGGAGUCAUUUGGCUUAAUGAGCGCAGGGGUGCGGGCCACAGCCACUAGAGGCUGGCACCAUUCUCCCCCCAGCAGCCAGUGAGAGCCCAGGCUCACAGCUUGGGAUGUGUUAGGAAGAACAAGGUUUAGCCCUUUGCAACUGAAUCAGGAAAGUCUCCCGAACCAGGUCAGUUAGAGGCUGGGCAAGCCCAGCCUCAGGUGGGUCUGCCUGCUGGGAAGCGUCCUGGGGUGACAUCUGAGAGAACCAGCUCUGCUCCCACACAUCCCCCUCAACAGGAAGUCACGUGUCACCUCCCAAAGAGACUUUAUUU